UUUCUUGGAAAACAGGGUUACAUCGAAGCCUCCAAGGGUCGGAGUGAGUCGUGUGUGGGGCUGCUCCAUAGGCGGGAAGCCCAAGGCUUUCUCCUCGCUCGCCGCGACGCAGAGAGGCCCUGCAGAUCCGUGCACCAUGAUGCCUGGUUUGUGCCUGCUGCUGCUGCUGCUGCCGCCGUUGCUGCCUCACGUCUCCGCGGACACACCGGAGCCCUGCGAGUUGGAUGAUGAAGAUGUUCGCUGCUUCUGCAAUUUCACGGAUCCGGACCCGAACUGGUCCAGCGCCUUCCAGUGUACGGUGGCCGUGGAGGUGGAGAUCCGUGGCGGGGGUCGCGGCCUGGAACAAUUCCUCAGGUUCGCCAGCACGGAUCCGAGCCAGUACGUGGAUAUGAUCAAGGCUCUGCGCUUGAGACGGCUCACGCUGGGCGACGCGCGGGCGCCAAUUCAGCUCCUGGUCAGCCUCCUGGGAGCGCUCGGGUCUUCCCAACGCCUCAAAGAGCUGACGCUCGAGGACAUGGAGAUAACCGGCACGCUGCCACCGGUGCUUCUGGAAGCCACGGGGCCUGCGCUGUCCACCCUCCGUUUCCGUAAUGUGUCGUGGCCAUCAGGAGGGACUUGGCUCUCCUACUUGCAGCGGUUGCUAAAGCCCGGCCUGAAGGUCCUGAGCAUCACGCAAACGCCCACGCCGCUUGCCUUCGCCUGCGCAAAGCUCGACCCCUUCCCAGUCCUCAGCAGCCUAGAUCUGUCUGAGAAUCCUGCUCUGGACGAGCGCGGAUUGCAAGAGACUCUCUGUACCAACAAGUUCCCCGCGCUCCAGGACCUGGCGCUUCGCCGGGCUGGCGUGCAGACGCUGGACGAGGUGUGCUCGGCGCUGGCCACGGCGGGUGUGCGGCCGCACAGCCUCGACCUCAGCCACAACGCGCUACGGACCCCUGGCCCGGGCGCCGCUGCCCUGUGCGUCUGGCCCAGCGAACUGAACGCGCUCAUCCUGUCUUUCGCGGGACUGGAGCAGGUGCCCAGAGGUCUGCCGGCCAAGCUGGGCGUGCUCGAUCUCCGCGGCAACCGGCUGAAGAGGGAGCCGCGCCGGGACGAACUUCCCGAGGUGAAUACGCUGAUUCUGGAUGGGAACCCCUUUCUCGACCCCAAACUCGCUAAACACCACGAAACCCUGAGAAAGUCCGGCGCGGUUCCAGCCUGUGCAACUUCGGCCUUGGCCGUAGGGCUGGCAGGAGCUACAGUGCUGCUUCGAGGGGCCGGGGGCUUCGCCUGAGGGUGAGGAAUGGGGCGGGGGAGCGGGGUGGAGUCAAAGAACGCAGGUAAGCAGAUUACCCUGCUGGGGAGUGGGUUUCGUCUGAUCGGCACAACCUACUAACUGCCCCAUACGAAUUAAAAUC